AUGGUCGGCGUCGAUGCUGCGGCGGCAGCCGCGCUCCUCUCGGCCCCCUACGCGGACCGAUCCCAACUCACCUCGUCGCUCGAAUCCGUAUCGACAGACGACCUUCGCAAUGCCCUCGAGGCAUGCAGCGUGCCCUCGCGCUCCCCAUUGGCGGUAUUCUCCAACUGGGCGCGCACGUUUGAGUGUCGCCCUCAGCGCGUGUUUGCGCCAACCACCGCUCUCCAGUGUAGGCAGAUUGUCGAGCUGGCGCGUCGCGAUGGCGCCACCGUCCAUCCCGUCGGCGUGGGCCACUCACCCUCGGAUCUGGGGUGCACGAACGGGUGGCUGGUGCGCAUGGAGGGCGUGCAGGGGACCUUGGAUAUCUCGCACACGGACCGCACGGCGACGUUCCAGUCCGGAACAACACUGCACGCAGUGCACGCGGCCCUUGCUGCCGCGCAGCCGCCCCUGGCGUUGAGGAACAUUGGGAGCAUCAGUGACCAGACAAUCGGCGGUCUCAUCAGCACUGCGACACACGGGAGCGGCGUGACGUACCCCGUCAUCUCGGCUGAUGUACGCUCGCUCGUUUUGGUCCUUCCCCUCCCAGGAGCGCCGGUUGUUUGCGUCUCACGCGAGGCCGAUUACCCGCUCUUCGCCGCGUCCCAGUGCGGUCUUGGCGCGACGGGUCUCAUCCUCGCGGUCGAGAUCACUGUCGAAGACGCGUACCGCCUCGAAGAGGUCAAGGACGUGUACGACGUCGACGAGGUGAUCAACAAUCUCGACGAGAUAAGCGCCAGCGCUCAGCACGUCCGCGCGUGGUGGUACCCCAGCGGGGGCGGCAUGGUUGUCGCCCGGGCCAACAGGACGUACAUCCCUGCGAAACCUCAGUCCAGUCUGUUCGGGCAUAUUCUCGGAUACCACGUCACCCAGUUCUUGCUGUGUGUGAGCAGGUUCUGGCGCAACUUUACCCCCUACGUGGGCAAGUGGGCGUGGUGGCUUGCAGGACGACACUCCGUUACAGUUGACGAUGGGUACAAGGUCCUAAACUUUGACUGUCUGUUUCCACAGUAUACCUCAGAGUGGGCGCUCGAUUCCGCGGCCGCAGCAGAUUGCCUUCGCGCCCUGCGCGACUACAUCGCCGAGGAGGCGGCCAACCCCAAAGGCCAGCGCGUUCACUUCCCGGUUGAGAUCCGAUGGAGCGCGCCCGACGACAUCCCGCUCUCGCCCAGUUAUGGGCGCCGCACGUGCUGGAUCGGCGUCGUCACGUACCGGCCGUACGGGCUGCCUGUGCCGUACCGCGUGUUCCAGACGCGGUUCGCCCAGAUCUGCGCGGCGCACGGCGGCCGGCCCCACUGGGCCAAGGAGCACUGGCUCGCCCCCAAGGAUGUCGAGGAGAUCUACGAGCGCUUCCCCGAGUUCCGGGCGGUGAUCCAGCGCGUCGACCCACAGGGCGUCCUCCGUUCCGAGUAUGUCCGGCGUCACAUCCUUGGCGAGGACCUGCCACUGCGUAUGUUCAAGCGUCGCCCUUAA